AUGAAUGACGAUAGUCAUGAUCAAUGUACACAAUCAGAACAUUGUAAUAAAAAACAAAAAAAAGACGAAAUCGAUGUAUCAAAUACAUUGAAAAAUAAUAAACUGUGUGAUAAAGAUCGUCAAAGUCAAAUUGAAACAUUAUUAAGAACAAAAAUUUCGGAACAACGUUUUACAUUUCUUGUUAAUCUUGGAAAGGAAAUUAAAGAUGAAGAAAUCCAAACGGAUAAUUUCAUUCAUCCACAUUCAAUCGAUCCUUCUUGGUUACAAAAACAUUUAAGUGAAAUGUAUAGUGAAUAUGCAGAUAGAGAAUUAAAAAUACAAGAAAUUUUAGCAAUUCUUAAGGAAACAUCGAAUAUUCACCAAUUAGAAAAUCAACUUAUUCUCGUACUUGGUUAUGAACAAUUGGAUUUCAUCAAAACUUUAAUCAAACUCAUAAGAAAUAAUCUACAAUAUAAUCAUUUCAUGUCGAAUAACAAUUGUCGACUACCCGAUGAUUCAUAUCGUUUGCAAAAGGAUGGAUAUGAAGAAGUUCAUAUACCUGCUUUACGACCAAAAGAAUGGAAUCCAGGAGAGCCUCUUUAUCGAAUCACUAGUUUACCGAAAUAUGUACAGUCAGCAUUUGAAGGUUAUUAUAGCUUGAAUCGUAUUCAAACUCGUCUGCUUAAAGUAACAAUGGAAAGUGAUGAAAAUAUUUUACUAUUUGCUCCAAACUUUUCUGGUAAAACAAAUGUUGCUGUACUUUGUAUUUUACGUGAAAUUGGUAAACAUAUAAUGGCAGAUGGAAAAAUCAAUAUUGAUAAAUUUAAAAUAAUUUAUGUCAUAUCAAGAACAUGUGCUCUUGACAGAUUUGUUGAUAAUUUUGCAAAACGUUUCAGUUCAUAUGAACUAAAAGUAACGAAAUUAUCAAGUGAUCCUCAAUUAUCUCGAGAACAAAUCAAUAAAAAUCAAAUAAUCAUUUGUACACCUGAUCAAUGGGAUAAAAUUACUCGUAGAGGUGAUGAACGUUCAUUUAUUCAUUUAAUCCGCUUGAUUAUUUUUCAUGGAAUACAUCUUUUACAUUCUGAUUAUGGUCCAAUUCUUGAGGCAAUCAUUGCACGAACUAUUCGUACGAUUAAAACAACACGAGAAACUAUUCGUUUAGUUGGUUUAGGUGUUUCAUUAUCAAAUUAUGAAGACAUUGCUACAUUUUUAAAUAUUAAACGCGACGAUUUAUUUUAUUUUGAAAAUAAUUUUCGCGUUGCUCCACUCAAACAACAAUAUGUUGGUAUUACAGAAAAAAAAUCGAUUAAACAAUUUGAAAUUAUGAAUGAGCUCGUUUAUGAGAAGGUUAUGGAACAUGCAGGAAAAAAUCAAGUUCUCAUUUUCGUUCAUUCGGAAAAAGAAACAGUAAGAACUGCUCGAGCUAUUCGAGAUACAUGUUUAGAAAGAGGUACAAUUGGUACAUUCAUAAAAGAAAGUUCAGCGUCACAAGAACUUCUACAAACUGAAGGUGAACAAACAAACAAUUCUGAAUUAAAAGAUCUUCUUCCCUAUUCAUUUGCUGUUCUUCAUACUGGAUUGAAUCGACCUGAUCGAGCAUUAGUUGAAGAUCUUUUCUGCGAUCGACACAUUCAAGUACUUGUACAGACAAUAACAUUUAACAGAUUUAUUCAGCUUCCUGCACAUGUAGUUAUUGUUAAAGGCACGCAAGUCUAUAGUGCAAUAGAAGGUGAAUGGACAGAGUUAAAUACUCUUGAUGUUAUGGCAAUGCUUGGUUAUGCAGGUUGCUUUUGUCGUCCAUGUUAUGAUAUUCGUUCAGAAAGUAUUUUAAUAACAAAUCAUAAUCAAUUAGAUUAUUAUUUAUCAUCAAUGAACGAGCGAUUUUCAGUUGAAAGUCAAAUGAUUUCGAAAUUAAUUGAUCAUCUCAAUGCAGAAAUUGUUCUUGGUACAAUUGAAAAUCUUCAUGAAGGUGCUGAAUGGCUUUGUCAUACUUAUUUAUAUGUUCGAAUGAUAAAACAACCGGAAUUAUACGGUAUUCUCAAUACAUCUUCACUAAUCGAUAAAAAUCUUCUUCAACAACGUUUGGAUUUAAUACAUUCCGCUGCAAUUGAAUUAGAUAAAUCUCAUCUUAUUCAUUAUAAUCGUCAAAAUGGUCAUUUUCAAAUGACUGAAUAUGCUCGUAUUGCCAGUUAUUAUUAUUGUUCGCAUAAAACAAUUGCGAUAUUUAAUCAAUUAUUAAAACCUACAGUGAAUGAAAUUGAUUUAUUUCGUAUACUUUCUCUAUCAUUUGAAUUUCAACAUAUAAUUGUACGAGAAGAAGAAAAAGUUGAAUUACGAAAAUUAUUCAAAUGUGUUCGUAUAUCUGUUGGAGAAAGUAUUGAUGAAUCUAGUACAAAAAUUAAUGUUCUUUUACAAUCACAUAUUUCACAAUUACAAGUUGAUUGUUACACAUUAAUGAAAGAUAUGAUUUAUAUUGGUCAGAAUGCUGGACGACUGAUGAAAGUUAUCUGUGAAAUGAUACUUUUACGAGGUUGGGUGCAAUUAAUAGAUAAAGCAGCCAUUUUAGCGAAGAUCAUUGAUAAACGAAUGUGGUAA